UGUAUAUACAACAAUGAUUAUAUAUUUUAGGGAAAAUUUACACGUAGAGGAAAAAUUUUAUUGAAUAAAUGGUUUCCAUGGGAAUACCUUUAUGCCCAAACAUUGUGCCGUCCAUUGAAUACCUUUUCAGUGCUUUUGCAGCAAGAAGAAUCAUAGAAAAUGUACGCAAAUAACGUGAUUAUUCGUGAUGGUGAGUACACCAAAGUGAUUUACACGCUAAUCAAAGAGGAGAGAUUCCACGAGGCAAUUGAUGCUCUCAAUAACAUCGAAGAAGUCUCGAGUUCACGCGCUGGGCUCUCCCUCCUUGGGCAUUGCUACUUCCAAUGCCAGGACUUCAUUGAGGCGGCCAAUUGCUAUGAACACCUCAUGGCAAUCGCCCCCGAAGUUCCCGAAUAUCGCCUCUACUUUGCCCAAUGCCUCUACCAAGCGGGUCUCUUUGAUGAAGCCCUCAAGGUGACGCAACUCGUGGAUGCUCCGCAUCUCGGGGAAAAAGUCCGUCAGCUCCAGAGUGCCAUUCGAUAUGGGAAUGAAGACUAUGCUGGGGCACAGACCCUCCUUCUGCAGCGCCCAGCUGGUGCAGAAGCAACUCUGAGUGACGAAGGGUGCCUCCUGUAUCAAGCUAGUCUCUACGAGGAUGCCCUACAGCGCUUCACAACUUCCCUCCAGACAGGUGGUUUCAAUCCCCUUGUGGCCUACAAUGCUGCCCUGUGCCAUUUCCGGCGCAAAGAAAAUUCCCAAGCACUCAACUACAUCGGGGAAAUUGUGGAGCGUGGAAUACGAAAUCAUCCAGAACUGGGAAUUGGGGCUCAGGCUGAGACGGAAGGUGGAGCAAGAAGUGUUGGAAAUCCCCCAGCUUUGGCUGCUUCUGGCCUUGCACAGGCACUUAAUUUAAAAGCAGCCAUUGAGUAUCAGGAAGGGAAUCUCGAAGGGGCACGAGAAGCCUUGCUGGAUCUCCCACCGAGAGCUGAACCUGAACUCGAUCCAGUUACCCUCCACAAUAUGGCCCUAACAGACCCCGCUGGAGCUGGAGCUGGUCUCCGGCGUUUGGCAUUCCUCAUGGAACUCGGACCACCCACCUGUCCACCGGAAACUUUCGCCAAUAUCCUCCUCCUUUGCUGCAAACACGAAAUGUACGACACAGCAGCGGAUUUAUUGGCUGAGCACGCUCAUCUCACAUAUAGAUAUCUCACACCCUAUCUGUAUGACCUUCUCGACGCUUUGAUAACUGCCCAGACAUCCUCGGAGGAUGCUGAACAGAAACUCGGGACACUUGCAUCGAAUUUAGCUGGAAAACUACGUUCACUGGCAGCUAAGGUACAAGAUGCUCGUGGAUCUGGAGAUCAGAAUAUCCUUCGUAGUUCCCUGAGGGAAUACGAAGCAGCUCUGGACAACUACAUCCCCGUGGCAAUGGCUCGAGCUUGGCUCCCAUGGCGUGUGGAUGAUUUUGCGGGGGCUGAACGUGAAUUUCGUGCUAGUGCGGAAUUUUGUUCUGAAACCCCCAUUUGGCGCCUUCAUGCUGCACACGUGCUCUUCAUGCGUGGGGACAAAUACAAAGAAGCUGCUGCUUUCUACGAGCCAAUUGUCCGGCAAAACUACGACGAUAUUUUGAGUGUUUCAGCUGCAGUCUUGGCGAAUCUCUGUGUUGCCUACAUUAUGACGUCGCAAAAUGAGGAGGCGGAAGAGCUGAUGCGGAAAGUUGAGAGGGCGGAAGAGCGUAAAGCCCCCGGGGCUCUUGCAGCUGGGAAUACAGCUCCAUUCCUGCACCUUUGCAUUGUUAAUCUGGUAAUUGGAACACUCUACUGCGCCAAGGGGAACUACGAAUUCGGGCUCUCGAGGAUCGCUCAUGCCCUCGAUGGGGGCUCCGGGACACGCUUGUGUGCCGAUACGUGGCUCCAUGUGAAACGUUGCGUUCUGGGGCUCCUCACCUGCCUCGCUAAGCAGACUCUGGUCCUCCCCACGGCGGCUGUUCAGGAGGUUCUCAACUUUUUGCGCACCUGCGAAAUUUACGGCAUCUCCAUUCCAUCAAUCCUCACAAAUCCCUUCGAUGAGAAUGCCGAUCAACCACCCACAAUUGGUAUUGAAGCACGAAAACUGCGUGUGUUGCUGCUUAAAAUCAUGGAGUACCACUAAACUAUAUAUAGAUUAAACACCCAUUUUACU